AUCCCUUUCUUCUUUCUGAGUGCCCUUGUUGCUACUUCAGGACCAUUUCCGGACUCCACGAACAGUGUUCACGAUUCAACAGUGUCAACUGACCAAGCCGUGCAAUCACCACCGCACAACGAUCAUUAAGAUUUGCUCUACUUAAGCUCUUUCCAGUCUUCCACUGGAAACGCAUAAAAUAUCCUACGAAUCGUAACUUUGACGACAUACCCACGAUGUACACGAACGCAAUCUCUCUGCUCGCCCUGGCUGGCGCAGCUCAAGCACACAUGUCUCUCUGGUACCCUGGAGCUCUAGGUGCAGCAAAAGAGGCCAACAAGGCUUCCACCGAUUCUUCCGUCGAUCCUGAGCUCAAUUUCCCUCUCGGUUGCUGCGAUAGCGAGGGCCAGCCCACUGCCCCAAGUCCUGGUGUUUGUCGUGGUCACCUUGACCUCUUCGACACCGAGGAAGCUCAAGUGACAUGGCAGCCAGGUCAGGAUGCCUACUUCCAGCUCUCUGAUCACACUUACACUGCCGACGCGCCUGGUGGUACUCACUACGGUGGGUCUUGCCAGGUUGGCUUUUCCACCGAUCGCGGCGAGACCUGGAAGGUCGCAGCUUCCUACAACGGCAACUGCCCCCUUCGUGGUGAGGACGGAUCGCCUGAGGUACAGACCUUUGACUUCAAGGUCCCCACUGGCAUGCCUGAAGGCAAGGCUCUCUUCGCCUGGAUCUGGUUGAACCGGGAACACGAGUCAUUCAUGAACUGCGCUGCUGUACAGAUUGGAGAGGGUUCCGGCAACACCACAACACCCACCAAUCCUGCCGCACCUUCUGUCUCCGCGACCAAGCCCACUCAGCCUGACAGCUCAGCAUACCAGCCGACUCAGCCUGACAGCGACGAGCAGUACUCGGCAGUACCUGCACCGACUCCAUCGCGUCCUGCUGGUCGUCCUUCUUCCCCUUCUGCAUCUGCUUCGCCAGCGCAGCCUGAUUAUCAGAACUCCGACGAAGAGUCAAGCGAGGAGCCUUCCUACGAAGCUCCCCCUGAGGAUGAUGCUGACAACACUGACUCUUCUGACGAGGAGGACUACAACAGUGAUCACGACUCUAGCGAUGAGGAGACUGACAAUGAGUGGUCUGGACGCCCCAGCCGCUGGACCCCUCAUCGCCACCAGUCUUUCAAGUACAAGGUAGUUGAUCAACACAAGUGUAAGGUCGACACCGUAGCCAAGCGUGCCAAUUGCGAGUGCAUUGCACCCGAGGGUUGCCCGAAACAGAAGCGUGCAUUGAUUGAACGUAAGGCUGUCCGUAUGGUGCGCCGCGAUGCAUUCAAGAAGCGCGCCGAUGCCUGCGCCUGGGACUCUGCACCUUCCAUGAUCGUCUCCUACUACACUGUCGACGCUGCAUGCGCUCCAAACGCUAAGAUGAACGUCCCCGAAUCUGACACCUUCGAGAUCGGCUGGAGUGAGCCUUGCGGUGUAGUCGAGAGCGACGGUGAAUACCCAAUCAAGGAAAUGGACUGCAAUAUGUUCAGCUAGAUGCUGGCAUGAGUCUCGUUGCGCAACUUC